UACUACACAGACAGUAAUCACUUCUAAAAACGAGCUAGCUAGAUAGCUGCCAAGCAACAGCUACAACGCACAGUGCUGCCAAAAAUAACGUCCGUCCCGUUCUCUUCUUCUUGAAAAUCUAACCCCAUAAAUUUUACUGCUAGAAUACUAAUCUAUCUCUCUCUGUGUCGUUAUUUUUUGAGUUUGGGUUUGUCUGGAGAGAGAGAGAGAGCUAUGAGAAGAUCGCAUUUCUACUUUACUUUUAUACUAGCUCUGCUACUUUCCGUGGCUUGUACUUUUCAAUUCCAAGCUCAUGCUGCUCCUACAGCACCUUUGAUUAAGCACUUGUCUUAUCUUCUCAAAUGGACCACCACUGUGGCAUCCUCAAAAACACCCCAUUCAGAUGGGAAUGUUCUUCAGUUUGAGGAUGGAUACUUAGUUGAGACUGUUGUGGAAGGAAAUGCAAUGGGAGUGGUUCCUUACAAAAUAGGCCUUUCUGAGGAUGGUGAACUGUAUGCUGUCGAUGAAGUUAAUAGCAACGUUGUUAAAAUCACUCCACCAUUGUCACAAUAUAGUAGGGCAAGAUUGGUAGCUGGGUCAUUUCAGGGUUACACAGGACAUAUUGAUGGAAAACCAAAUGAGGCUCGUUUUAAUCAUCCCAGAGGUCUAACCAUGGAUGAUAAAGGGAACAUAUAUGUCGCUGAUACUUUGAAUCUAGCCAUCAGAAAGAUUGGAGAUGCAGGUGUCACAACCAUUGCUGGGGGGAAAUCAAACGUUGCAGGUUUUAGAGAUGGACCCAGUGAAGAUGCCAAAUUCUCAAAUGAUUUUGAUGUGGUGUAUCUUCACUCUAUCUGUUCUUUGUUAGUUGUCGAUAGAGGAAAUGCUGCUCUUCGGCAAAUCUCGCUUAACCAAGAGGAUUGUGAUUAUCAGUCCAGUUCAUUUACUAUGACAGAUGUGAUUAUGGUUGUUGGUGCCGUCUUGAUUGGAUAUGCUACGUGCAUGCUUCAGCAGGGGGUUGGGUCUUCUUUCUUCUCAAGAAUGAAACAAUCUUCAGAGAGUGAAUUUAAAAAGAAAUCAAGUAAGGAAAAACCCAUUCCUAUUAUGGAGAACAUGAAAGAGGAGCCCAAGUGGCCAUCUUUUGGACAGCUUUUGAUUGAUCUAUCUAAGCUUGCUCUUGAAGCAUUGGUUGGUAUACUCCUCUGUUUUGUUCCUUCUUGGAACAGACCAGGUGAAGCCAGAGCAGGCCUCACUCCUUUGAAAGAUUCUCUAACACUGCCUGAAGAUGAAGUUGAGCCUCCAUCAGUUCAGAGGCAGAGUACUCCUGCUACUGUAUCUGAAAGUCGCCAGGUCCAUACUCCAACUACAAGUGAUAAAUACUCGGAAGUGAAACCACCAAAGAUCAAGUCUGCCAGUUUUAAGGAUCCUUCUUUGUUAAGCAAGCAUCGGUCUUCAAAACGACAAGAAUAUGCAGAAUUCUAUGGUUCAGGUGAGGUUCCGUCUCAUGUCAGGUCAAAGAGUCACAAAGAAAAAUCAAGGCAUCGCCAACGAGAUAAAAGUGGUGAAGUGGUUUUUGGAGCGAUCGGGGCUGAGCCAAAACCUGCUGAGAUGAAGCAUGUGGACUCCAAUAGUCCAAAAUUUGAGCAUUACAAUAUCAGAAGCAAGUAUGGGCCUGAUAGUUCCUACCGAUUUUGAUAGACUACUUGUCUCAGUAUUGUACUGCCUGCCAAAUCCAGCUUAGCUUGUUUUUUUCUCCACCUUUUUUUGUACCCUUAUAUCUGUUAUUGAACUAAUAUCUAAUUCAAGUUUAAACUUGUAAGCAAGGGUUUAUCUGUCAGACACGUUUAUAAAGGAGUUCAUGAUAUUUCUUAAACUGGCUGCUGCAACACAAUCCAUCUGCAGAACGGGUGCAAGAACUGAUGAGCAUUCAGGAGUUGAGCUGCUGAUAGUCCAAAAGGGAACUGAUCAUGCAUUCUUGCCUCUGGAAGCAUAUAUUUGUCCAGAAGAAACUCACCGUGCGAAGGUUUGUAGGCUCAUUUUGCUUUCAUUAUGUAGUCGGCCUUUCAAAUCUACAAAACUUAUUUAGUAUAUGCUUGUACUCUAGAUUAUUUUGAAGUAUUGCAUUUAGAGGGUGGGAUUAGUCUGGCA